AUGGUGAACGUGAAAGACGAGACGACGGCGGAGAUGGCGGAGUCGAAAGAGUCAAAAGAGCCAAAACCGCCACAGACCGCCAAAAGCAACAACAAUCAGAGCAACGGCAGCACUGCUGCCCCCAGCCAAUCAGCAGCCAUUCCUCAAACCACUCCAACGACCAAUCAUGUUCCGCGUAAAAAUCGGGCGCAUUCUUAUCCGCACCUCCACCACCCGGGUGCAUUUCACACCCACUACUAUCACCAUCAGUGCGCGUACAUGGGCGCCGAUCUGCUGGACGGCGCCACCUCGCCCGUCAAAUUCUACUUCGGUCCGGGUUUCGAACCGCAAAACCAACCGAGUCCGGCUCAAGCGCCCGGCAACGAGCACGUGGUCCUGUUCCACGUUAACCCCGGCGUGACCAUCAACUUGCAGAUUGGGGAGAACGUCGAACAUAUUAAUUUUGGCUUCAGAGCUAGUAAAUUGUUGAACGAAGUAAAGGUUCCUGAAAAGGAAAAAUUGCUUUUUCUUCAGGAAUGCCAAAAGUUCCUAAUUGAAUCGGUUUCUAAAUUACUUGAACGGUGUGGACUUAAUCAUAGAAUGGUAAAAGGAUUAUCUUGCCUGGAUCCCAAUAUUAUUUCAUCAAAUCAUUCGCUAAUUGCCCAAAGAACUAUUUUUGAUAAUAUUGUCCUUUGUCGUGGUGCUGAAAACAUCAUUGGAACAGAAGAUAUGAUCAAACACUAUAAACAGGCGAAUAAAAAAUAUAAAGAGUAUUUGGAGAAACAGAAGACAGAAAGGGAGAAAAAUGCUAGACAAGGUGAAAAGAGAAAGAUAGAAAUGGAAAUAAAGGAGUUGAACUUUAAAAACUUAAAUUAG